UAUUCCUAAUUUGUACACUGUCUCGUAAGAGAAGUUCACAGAACACAACACUGAGAGCCAGGACUAAACAACAAUGUACCCAAAUUGCACUUAUUUUUCUGAAGAAAUUUCAUUUUCUUUUUAAGAAAAGAUUUUAAGUGUGAACAUUAUCCUAAUUGUUUAUAGGUUAUUAUGACAUUACUCCUGCACGGAGGGCGGGGGGACCCUUUAACAGCUCCGACCUUAGUUCCUGUCGAACAUUAUUCAAGGUGACACAAAACAAACGCACCAGUGUGCAGGGUGGCUGUCCUUUAGCAUUCACCCAGGCCUCUGAGUAAACUCUUUUUGGACUUGUGAUUUGCCUAGGCCCGGUGUAUAUGUAAAGACCAGCUCCUCUCAGACGAGCUCAGUUCACCGCGUGGACCAUUUGCUGAGUCGCAGCUAACGCUCAGUUAGCUAUGAUGCUAACAUGAUGCUCAACCCUUCAGCCGGCUUACCGGAUGACCGAAAAUCAAUGUACAGUCAGUCACAAAACAGCGCAUACAAAAGCGGCGACAAAACCAGCCCUAUUAGCGUCAUCCUGGUUAGCUCCGGCAGCCGAGGGAACAAACUACUAUUUCGAUAUCCUUUCCAAAGAGUGGCUGAAUGUCCGUCAUCUCUUUCAGCAAAACAGCGGAGUCCGUAUGCACUGAACACAGCUGGCGAUGUUCUCGAUGACCAGGAUGGCGAUUCAAGAGAACAAACUCCACUAACUGACGAACAGUUGGUAGCAGGGUUCUCGGACAUCAUCCUGGCCACCAUCCUGGCCACAAAGUCGGACAUGUGCGGGAAGAAGUUCGAGCUGAAGAUAGACAAUGUUCGAUUUGUGGGGCACCCUACGCUCCUUCAGCAUCCUCCCAUCAUUCAGGUUUCUAAAACAGAUCCUUCGCCUAAGAGGGAAAUGCCAACAAUGAUCUUAUUUAAUGUUGUGUUUGCACUAAGGGCAAAUGCCGACCCGUCCGUCAUCAGCUGCAUGCACAACCUGUCGCGGCGCAUCGCCAUCGCCCUGCAGCACGAGGAGCGCCGCUGCCAGUACCUGACCCGCGAGGCCAAGCUGAUGCUGGCCGUCCAGGACGAGAUCACCACCAUGACAGAGACAGAUGGAAGCCCCCAGUCCCCGUUUAGACAGAUUCUUCCAAAAUGUAAGCUAGCCCGGGACCUGAAGGAGGCUUACGACAGCCUUUGUACAACCGGUGUGGUGCGGCUACAUAUAAACAACUGGCUAGAGGUCAGCUUCUGUUUGCCACACAAGAUCCACAGGAUUGGCGGUAACCACAUUCCCCCAGAGGCUUUAGAGCGCAGCCUUAAAGCCAUAAGACCCUAUCAUGCCCUGCUGCUGCUGGAAAGUGAGAAGGCUCUUCUCAGCCAGCUCCCACUGGAUUGCUCCCCGGCGAUGGUGCGCCUCAUCAAAACGUGCUCGGCAGUGAAAAACCUGCAGCAGCUCGCCCAGGAUGCUGACCUGGCCUUACUUCAGAUAUUUCAAAUCGCUGCCCACUUGGUUUAUUGGGGUAAGGCGAUCAUCAUCUACCCACUGUGUGAGAAUAACGUCUACAUGCUGUCUCCUCAUGCCAACAUCUGCCUUUACUCCCCUCUGGCCGAGCAGUUUGCCAAGCAGUUUCCCGGUCAUGAUCUGCCCUCCAUGUUGGCCAAGUUCUCCCUUCCUGUCUCACUGGCGGAGUUCAGAAACCCGCUGGAAGCUCCUGCACAGGAGGCGCAGCUGAUCCAAAUGGUGGUGUGGAUGCUGCAGCGCCGCCUGCUGAUCCAGCUGCACACUUACGUUUGUCUGCUGGUGCCGCCCAGCGAGGACGAGCCCGGGCUGAGGGACGAAGACCCCCCGCUAGCCGCCCGAGUGGGAGGCCGCAGCCUCAGCACCCCGAGCGCUCUCAGCUUUGGUUCACCAACGAGCAGUGAUGACAUGACCUUAACCAGCCCCAGCAUGGACAACUCCAGCGCGGAGCUGCUGCCCGGUGGAGAUUCUCCGCUCAACAAGAGGAUGACAGAAACGUUGCUUGCCAGCCUGUCGGAGCAUGAGAGGCAGGUUAUUCUUAACAUCCCCGCCGCACAAAAUCCAGAGGAUCUGCGGAUGUUUGCCAGGCUGCUGCACUAUUUCCGAGGACAUCACCACCUGGAAGAGAUCAUGUACAACGAAAACAUGAGGCGCUCGCAGCUCAAGACGCUGUUUGACAAAUUCCGCAGCGUGCUCGUGGUGACCAACCACGAGGAUCCCAUUAUUUCAAUCUUUCAGUCACCCAUGGAGUAGUGGCACCGAGACGGUGUCGGCCCCCCCCCAACCCGCCCCCAACUGGAAAAUGUACCACUUUGAGAGCAGGUAAAAGCCUGCCGUGCUCACGGCUAAGUGCUGCCGCUCAAAGAUGUUGUUUUAAAAACCAACAGACAGUGACAGUGCGUUAUUGUGUGCAGAUUUACAAAAAAAUAGAGAGCCAAAUGUUUGUUUACAAUAUUAAAUUAUUUUGUACAUACCA